AUGCCUCGUGCCGCCAUCAUCGGCGCCGGGAGGGUGGGCACCACGCUGGGGGGGCGCCUGCUGGCGGCGGGGUGGGAGGUGCGCUACGGCAGCCGCGACCCGGCCCACAGCCGCAAGCUCAAGGCCGUGCUGCAGGAGCAGCCUGCCGCCUCGGGCAGCACCGUGUCCGAGGCGGUGGCCUGGGUGGCCAGCGGCAGCGAUGGUGGCGGCGCCAUCCUGCUCGCCGUGCCGGGCAGCGCGCUGGCCACCCGGCACGCCUGCGCCAGCUUUGCGCGCUCGCUGGGGCUUCAGGCCGAAGGGCAGGUGGUCAUCGACGCCACCAACCCGCUGGAUGGGCACGGCAAUGGGCUGGUGUGGGAGCGCGGCCACUCCCACGUGUACAAGGCCUUCAACACGGUGGGCGUGGAGCACAUGGCCCGCCCAGACGGCUCGCUGGUGACGGGGCAGCAGCUGACGCUGAUGUAUGCCGGCGCGGAGGAGCGGCAGGCUGACGUGGCGGCGCUCAUUCGUGCCGUGGGCUUCCUGCCCCAGUGGGUGGGCCCGCUGAGGCAUGCCCGCACCCUGGAGGCCCUGGCUGAGCUGUACAUUCACCUGGGGUCGGGCAUGGGCGGGGCGCCCCUGUGGGCAGACGCCGACGGCACGCGGCGCUACCACUUCCAGGUGCUCCGCCGCGGGCAGCACAGUUAA